AUGUCUGUGUUUGAAAACCAUCUACUCGAACGAAAUUCCAAAAGGAGAAAGAUCGAACAAAAGACCAAAUCUUCGGCGUUGUUUUCUUUUACAAACUGUGGUCACUUCUUCGUACGUUACGGAAUCUGUUGCAACUGCAGAUCGACAGUAGCGAGACACGAAGGCCUAUCAUUCGACUAUCUUGUCGACGGACUACAAUUAAGCCACGUAGCCGUGACGGUUACCAAGAAACUUACUACGCACGUCACUUGUCUCAACGAGAAGAAGCUUCACUUGGUACUUGACUUGGACCACACGCUUCUCCACACCAUCAUGGUUUCGAAGCUUUCCGAGGAAGAAAAGUAUCUAAUCGGAGAAGUAGAUUCAAGGGAAGAUCUAUGGAGGUUUAGCGGAGACGAGUUCUUGACAAAGCUAAGACCUUUUCUUCACGAGUUUCUCAAAGAAGCCAACGAGAUGUUCACCAUGUAUGUUUACACGAAAGGGAAUCGAGAUUACGCAAAGUCAGUGCUGAAGAUGAUUGAUCCAGAGAAAGUAUACUUUGGGGAUAGAGUCAUAACGAGAGACGAGAGUCCUCAUGUAAAGACGCUUGAUCUUGUGUUGGCUGAUGAGUGUGGAGUUGUGAUUGUGGAUGAUACUCCUGAAGUGUGGCCUGAUCACAAGAGUAACCUGUUGGAGAUCACUAAAUACAACUAUUUUAGAGACAAGAGAGUGGAGUACACGAAAUCGUAUGCAGAGGAGAAGAGAGACGAGAGUCAAAAGGAAGGAUCGUUGGUGAAUGUUUUGAAAGUUCUCAAAGAAGUGUAUGAAGGGUUCUUCAGCAGAGGAGUUGACAAAAAGUUAGAUACUGAUUCAAAUGAUGUGAGGCUGUUGCUGCAUGAUUUGUGCACACCACAAUGUUGCUAA